CUUCUCUCCCUGAUGACACCAUUUUGCGGGGUUCAACGUAGUACAGUGGAAUUUUUGAUGGCCUAGAUUCCGACGGGGUAGUUUCACCAUGAAAUGAGAGUUAAAAUAUACGGAAACUUGGCUUUGGCUGAAAUCUGGAUACUUUCUGGAGGCGUUGCGCCAUCCGGAGAAUACCAGUCAAUAGCCCCUCGCCCCGCCAUUCUCGAGGAUGCCCGAGGCUAUCGACAAGACGGCGUACAGGGCUAAAGGGUAGAGAUUCUGAUGAAUAUAGUUCUUAUCGGUUGGUGUAAGCCAUUCUAGACCCCUUUGUCGUCAUAAUCGAUUUCUAGAGAUGAAUCCCACCCUUAACAUCAAUCACCAAGGGCGGCUUCGUCGGAAGAAUCGAGUCGGGACGACUUCCCCAGGCUAGCAACACCCGCUAGCCGUAUGUGGUUAGUCCAUAGUAUUCAUGCCUCAGGCCUCAACAGUUGCCAAGCCCGACAUCAAAAGUUCGCGCGGAAGAUCCCCUUGAGACCAUCGGAGUCCCAUAAUUAAACCAGCACAGCACAACAUGAUUGUUCGGCAUUUGUGUGCGCGGCAGAGCCGCUCGUUUCUUGCCCUCGGCCGCCGGGGUCGCUUCGUGAACAGACUUUACUCAACCGAAACGCCAGUAAUCGAACCUCAAGUGCAAACUCGUGUUGAAGACCAUCCGGCUCAGCUAGAGAGCUCUUUGCCAUCGGUCUCGGAUGAGGCUCGCACUGCUGCCCAAGAGGCUUUCGUGAAACGCAAGCAACGAGAAAGCAAGUUCCGUGAACUUGGUACUCAGGUUGCCAAUGCCUACCAGCCCGAGGAUCUCAUUCGAUCCCCCCCCAAGCCUUCGGACAUCACCCUCGAACUGCUUCUCGCCUCUCAGACACACCUCGGACACUCGACGUCUCGCUGGAACCCUCAAAAUUCCCGCUACAUUUUCGGUAUCCGUGAAGGCAUCCACAUCAUCUCUUUGGACGUGACCGCCGCCCACCUCCGGCGUGCGGCUAAAGUGGUGGAGGAGGUCGCCGUCCGCGGUGGUCUGAUUCUCUUCGUGGGCACGCGGCCGGGCCAGAAGCGAUACGUGAUCAGGGCCGCAGAGCUGGCCCAGGCCUACCAUGUUUUUGAGCGUUGGACCCCUGGCAGUUUGACCAACGGACAGCAGAUCCUGGGUCACUGUGCGACCAAGGUUGUGAACGCUUUCGACCAGGAGCUGCCCGCCUACCGGGAGACUCUGGAGGAGAGCUCUGCUCUCAAGCCGGAUCUUGUGAUUUGCCUUAACCCUGUCGAGAACGAUGUCCUUCUGCACGAGUGUGGUGUGAACAACAUCCCCACCAUCGGUAUCGUCGAUACGGAUGCCGACCCUACAAGUGUCACCUACCCUAUUCCUUCCAACGAUGACAGUUUGCGUGCCGUCGGUGUCAUUGCUGGAGUCCUGGGACAAGCCGGCAAGGCUGGUCAGGCGAGGAGAAUGGAGUUGGCUCAAAGGGGUGUUCUCACAUAUGAACCGACAGAGAUUCAGCUGAGUGAGGCCCAGCAAGAAUCCCAGCCGCAGAACCAACAAUAAAGGUGGAUUGUGAUCGUGCUGGGGUUUCUAUCUCGGGGUUUCCUUAUGUCUAUGUCUAAGUUUGAAAAUAUGCCAUGGAACUGUAUUGUAUAGAACAUUGUAUAUCCUUUUUUAUUGUUUUCACUGGUGUUGCUGCAUGUAUUAACAAGUUUAUCUGAAUUGGGAAUU